AUGAAUAUCCCAGCUUCAGAAUCAGAAGUUCAAAAAUCACAUGAGGAAAGAUAUAAAAAUUACUUUUUGGAAUCUACUAAAAAUUUAUUAGAUGGUGAUAUUGACGAAACACUUUCAGAAGAAGGCACAAAAUUUAUUCAUAAACAUAAGCUUCAGUUUAUUGACGAUGGAGAUUAUCCAUGUAUAUUACUUUCACCUCCUCUUGAUUCUGAAAAAUUCAAAAAAGCACUGAAAAAUGUAACAUAUGCAACAAAUACGAUUAAGAAAGAAGACCAUGAUAUUUACACAAAUUAUUAUUUAAAUAAAUGUACAGGUGUUGAUAAAGUUUUUGAUUUGUUAGAUAAAAUAUCAAAAGAAACAAUUGGUACAUAUAAAAUUUUAUGCGAUUGUGGUUUCAUUAUUGAAGAUACCAAUAAUGUUUCAUAUGAAAGAACAGCACCGAAGGAAGACGAAGUGGAAAGGUCUAUACCAUUCGUUAUUAAGAACAUAAAAGAUAUGAAAACUUAUAAACAUUAUAUUUAUUCAUUUAUUUCAGAAAAAAUGGAAGCAACCCAUAAAACAUCUUCUCAUCAUUUUAUAGCUAUUCAUACAUUCCUUUUCAAAGUUGUGAAAUUAAAUAAGACAGGAAUUAGAUUUAAUGUAUCAGGGUACGCAUUCUUGAGUAAAUUAAAAUGUAUUCGUCACGUCGCAGAUGAUAAAAAUUUAUGUGUUCUUAAUUCAUUUUAUGGACUUUAG